UGCAGCUGUGAGCUGACACGUGUCUCAUAGCUGUUGUCACUUUCUUAUCCGCUUCUAUACAGUCCACUACUGAUCGGGAAAAAGAUGGCGACUAUGGCAGCCAUUGUCGCUCCCUUCUCCUUUUCCUCAUUGUUAUACUCGUCUCCUUCCUCACAAACUUCUUGCUCUUUCAUACAAAGACCUCGAUUCUCUUUCUCCUGCCGCGCCUCAUUAUCGUCACCAGCGCAACACGGUGGCCGAACUAGUUUUAUGGACUUCCCAUACGUCUCCGCCCCACACAAAGAUCUUAUGGUAGAUCUAGUAUCCACCGUCGAAAGUCGGCUCGGUUCUUUACUUAAUCCUUGCAGCCUCCCGCCUGAUGUACAGUCUUAUCAGAAUGAAACCGGAACAGCUCAUGCUGCUCUCCAUCUCAGAUCCGGCGUUCAAUCCUCUCAGAUUGAUUUCAUAUUGGGAAGUUGGCUUCACUGCGAGUUACCAACAGGAGGAGCUUUGAACAUCACAAGCCUGUCAGCCUAUCUAAACUCAUCAACCGAUGCACCCAACCUAAAGGAACUCGUAUUAAACCCUGAGUAUCUCAAAACAUUCUAUGAAGACACUCAACUGGAUCAACACAGACAACAUCUCGAGAAGCUCUCAGAGGUAACACCUUACUUCUCUUCAUCUCUUUACAUCCGUUCAGUUGUCUCUCCCACUGCAAUCCUGGUGCGUAUAGAAACAGAAAAACUAGACGAAAUGAUUGAAACUCAUGUCACUCCGAUUGCAAAACAAGUGUUGAAAACAUGGUUAGAUGUUUGUGCUUUUGGGGAGAGAGUAGUGGGUGAAAGUGAUAGGGUUUAUUUGAAAAAGAGAGAUGAAAUGAGCAAAAACAAGACCAUUGAAAUCGAUCUGGGUUCAAGCUUACCAAGGCUGUUUGGCCAAGAAACUGCAAACCGUGUUCUAGAAGCUCUCAGGGAGGUUUUCUGA